AACCCACUCUCCUCCUUUAAUUCAUUCCACCCACUUCUUCUCUUAUUUGUACCAAUCUGUUAAUCUCAUUUAAUUGUUUCCAUCUGCAUCUUCCAUUAUCUUCUCUUUUCCCAGUAUCAUCCUUAGUAACUUGAAUUGCUUUGUUGUUUAGUGUCGCUGAAAUGGAGAACUUGCCAGGAGAUUUGAACGAAGAUGAAAUCGAUCUCUUUGCUCCACAUGCUCCACAUACUCCACCUCGAGAAACAACACCCGCAGACACGAAUUUGGUGGUUCUCGAUACUCCUCCUCACAUUCUUGCUGCAAGAGAGAGAGGCUGUUCGAUUACACCCAGAUUGUGGGCAAAACUUUUGUUGCCGUCCAUAUCGCCGGUGCAGGAGGUCGCAUCCAAAAUGCCAGCGAAGAUGGAGAUGGUUUACCAUCCGAUUUUCGGUUACCAGACAAUCUACAUGAUGGAGUUUUUAAAGAUCUUUUGGCCCAACCAGUUUGAAGAGGAGGGUUUCUCCCCAAGAGGUAAUUCUCUGGCAAUUUUCAUGUAUGUAAUUGAUUUUGGAUCUAAUUACUAGCAACUAUAUAUGCAUCCAUUUAAUACUGUAAUGUGUAGAUUUUAAAAUAAAAACAAGAUUCCUUUUUCAUUUCUAUUUAUUUCUAUAAAUAUCAUGGGCUUUUUUGUGCAUGUUUUUUUGUUAGAAACAACUUCAAUUAAAAUACUUAAAGAAAUAGAUAUACAAACUUGACAUAUAAGGCCAACCUGUUUCUGCCAUAUCAAAAGUAUUACAAAAAUCAAGCUUUCUAAACUAGACAGUCAACAAAAUGAGGUAAUAUAACCAAAAGAAGGUUGCCAUAGUUAGAACCUGGGAUGUAUACCCCUAGGCAGUGUAGCAAAAAAGUGGCAGCAUUACAAAAUUAUCCCAAAAAAUACAUAUCUAUUGCGUGAAGUUUAAUUAAGUGUAAGUGUAGUAUUGGAAUCUACACCCACACUAAACUGAUUUUCACCUUCCAUUAAGUAUUGCCUGGUUUCUUCAAUUAAUUCUUCUGGAAUUUCAACUUGUUCUGGCAGUAUUCCCAUGCUGUCUAAUUUCCUCUUUGACGCGUGGGGAUUCUUGUAGUUAUUUCCACCUUUGACUUUCAACACUUCUAACAUAAUGUAUUGAAGAUGCAACCACAUGUAGUUUAAGAGUUUUGGAUCAAAGCUAUGAUAUGCAUCAUUGACAGCCUUUAUUAGUUCAUCCACAUCUCUAGGAAAAGCUUUAUAUUGAAUAGAUUGAAUAGCUCUAAAAAAUCCAAGAUCAAGUACGUUAAAAUCUGGACUUUGGGCGGGCUGACAAGUCAAUCUAAUAUUGAAUCCAAAAGCAGUGGCAGCCUGUUUGAAUUGUUCAUCAUGCACACUUAUAUGAGGUCGUGCAUUGUCUUGUUGAAUCCAAAUGUCUUUGCAUGCAUUAGAAGGCCAUUUUUCCCUAAUUGCUGGCAAAACUGAAUCAAUAAAUUUUGCUCUUUUAAUUACUGUAGCACCUUUCUUAAUUCUUGUGUCCAAGUCUAUGUUGCAUCUAAUUUAGAACGGAGGAUAGUAUGUGGUUUGUUUUGCCGCCUUGAUUGGCUAAAAUCUCUAUGUGAACUAUUUAUGGUAUUUUUCAUUUGAUUUUUUCUAAAUUUUAUUCACAAAAUGCAUUUUAAAUAAGUUUUUCAUAAUUCAACUAAUUCAAUUGUUUCCGCCAAAAAUUUCACUAAGUUUUUCCCCAACUUAAAUUCAUAUUCUACCCAAUAGGACCUAUUAUCUUCAUUGUUAUUCCAAUCAGGUGAGAAAAGUCAUAAUAUUUGUGACACAUCUCUUACUCUAUUGCUAUUUUUUAACUAUUCUUAUUAGGGGUCAACGUCGGCAAAUCUAACUGAACUAUAUCAAAUCGAAUCAUAUGCAAUUUAAUUUGAAUUGUUACUAUUUGUUCCAAAUCAUAUUAAACUUUACUGGAUUGAAAUCGAGAAUAACAGAAUAAAACUAAACCAAAAUUUAAAAACCAAUAAAAUAUUCAUAUAUUAUUAAAAAUAGUAAAUCCAACCCGAUCCAAAUCGAACAUAACCGAAUUGAAACAUAGUAUGAUUUUUAUUUCGUAAUCGUACUUUCAAUCCAUUUCCAACCGAACUAAACUGGAAACCGAUAAAAAUAUAACCAAAAUCUAUAUGUCCACCCUAUUUCUUUGACUCAUAAUCAAAAGAUGACAUUCAUCUUAAUCAAACUAUCACGCUCAAAUAAUGAUAAACGAAAGUUUUAUCACCAUAUUUUAUGUACUCGGUAUUAUUAUCAAGGGUUACUAUAUUUCAAACAUAGGUUGGACAUGAAAGAAAGGGAGUUUAUCAAAAUGACAAGGUAAAGUUUAUUCCGUAUGCAUGCUUAUAGUGAGUGUGAGGCCCUUCUGCAUACUAAAAUAGAUAAAAUUAUAUGCAAUAUCUUUCUAUAUACAAAAGCAAGAGGAAAAGUGCACAGUAUUCCCGCCCAAAAUGCGGGUCAAAAUAUGGUCAUCUGUAUUGGGUCGGGUCAAAAUACAUGGACAGUGCAUUGGUUUGGUCAUCCGUUGAAAUAGCAUUGGCGACCAUUGGGCAGUGCACCAGGUAACCGGAUAAAAGUGUUGCCCGUCGUAUCAUACAUUAAUAUCCUUUGUUUAAUUAAAGAGCAUGCGUAAUUAACCAGUCAAACAAAAAGUAAAAAAAUAAGUGAUGUGAAAUCUGUCAGUCAUUUGGCAUAUAUUCAUGCUUUUUAAGGGCAUGCGUAUACAAGAUACAAGGGUGAGCUGGAAAAUGUACUCUAUAAGAUACGGAGUAUCAAAAAGUACUCUAAAGAUAUCAAAAUUUAUCCCAGUCAGUGUUGGGAGGUGUGUAAUUUAUUUGUAUCGAGACCCGAACCAUAAAUGGGUGAGCUGUAAACCACACUCACAUACCCAUCUCUAUAAAAACCAGGGAGCCUGGCCAAAGGAACACACAUGAAAAAUAAAUCACUCUGCCUCAUCUCUUUCCCUCUCGGCUUAUGAACCUACAAUAAGCAUGAAUGUCUUUAGAUGUACAUUUACAUCACACACACACACAACACACAGAUACAUACACACACACACACACAUAUAUAUAUAUAUAUGUGUAUAUAUAUAUAUAUAGGGUUUGAUUCAAGUAAGAACACUACUUAGGGAGCUAAAUAAGAACGGUUUGGAACCGUAGAUCUGUGAAAUCGGAUGGUGAGAUUGAGUGCAAAAAAUGGACAACCAGUUUUUUCAGAAAAGGAAUGAAAUUAAUAUAAGCUUGUGGUCAACCUACAAAUUUUCACGUGAGGGGUAAUUGGGACAUUUUAUAAUUUAAAAAACGCACGCUGGGUGCAGGAAAAGGCGGUUGUGGUUUCCGAAUCCCAACAUUAACGCCAUUACCAAAGAUAGAACACCUGGAUUUGGUAACUUCCUUCUAAACAGGGCAAAGUAAAUUAAACCUUGGAGAGAAGAGAGACGAGGUCGAGUGCAAAACGAGAACAAGCGACGAGUGAUACCACGAAUGACGCAACAAUGGAAGGUGUGAUUUCAAUCAGCAGUGCUUCAAAAACCGUCGUUGAAGCAGUCGUCGAGACCAGAGGAGAAGAUGUGAGUUUGAGAGCUUGCAAGAACGGCCCAAGUAUAGUGCAAAACUUGGUGGUGGACGACGCUGGAGAAGAAGAAACUGGUGCAUCCAAAGAAGAAUGUAAGUUUCAUGGUACUGUAAAGUUCAUUUAAUGAAUUUGAUCGGAUACGGAAUGCACAAUUAGGUAAGCAGAUUUGUGAUAAAUAGCUAGUGUGGUGUUGAUUUUGAUUUGUGGGAUUUCAAGUGAAUUUGUGGUAAAUUAGAUUAAAUUUGUGAAAUCCCUAGGCUGCAAUGUGUGUUACUUAUACAAACGGAAUGUGCAUUUAGAUAAAAUUAAUUGUGCAUGACUAAUUGCGUUAACUUGUGGAAAUCCUAGUGUGAGUGGAGUAAGUUGUGGAAUGUGCAAUGUGUGUGAUUUGAUUUAUAUAAAUGGAUUGUGCAUGAGAUGGAGUGAUUUGUGUCAGAUAGGUGAAUCAAUGUGAAAUUCGAGAGUGUGUAGUGUGUGGGUUUGAGAACAACAUGGACUCUUUGAUUUAUACAAAGGGAAUUGUCAACUACUUGACUUGUAGUUGCAUUUAGCUAAAAACAUUUGUGCAUGACUAAUUGUGUGAAUUUGAUUGCGUGUGUGUGGAAAAGAAUGAGCUUUGGGCAGGAUUGUGGGUGCAUGACCAAUUGAGUUAAUAGAGUAGAGUUUGUGUGGAAAAGGAUGAUAUGUGGUGUGCAUUGUGGGUUCAUGACUAAUUGUGUUAAUGUAUUUGAAUGCGUGUGGAAAAAUAUGUUAUGGUGUGUAGUGUGUGUUCUUUAUAUCAAAUGAGAUGUGCAUUUAGGUAGAAGCAUUUGUUCAAAAGUUGGUGAAUGCAUGUGUGCAAAACUGGGAGCAUGAUUUAUCUGAUGCACGCAUUUUGCUAAAAGCAUUUGUGCAAAAUGUCAUGUAUGACUGUGAAACAAUUAUAUCUGGGAGUAUGACUAAUCAAACUUGUUAUCUUGUGAUUUGUGUUAUAUGUGAUGUGGUCAUGCAUGCAUGUCACCAGAAAUAAUAUCUUUAUGCAGUUUUUUUCCCGAUUAUGCAACCUUGGCAUUGCUAUGUUAUAUGUUUCAAUCUGAUGUAUCAGCAAUGGGAGAUUCUAGAUGUGUCAACGUCGACACUGAAGGUUGCUGAAAAGUGCGGUGAAAUGACUAGCAUUGUGAGAGAUAUGUUUGUGCAUUACAUGAUUGUGAUUGGAGUGGGUAACAAGGUGAAGGUGCUGGAGAAAGCAAAAGUGAAGAAAGUUGUGAUGAACUGACGCCAUGAAAACUAUGAGUUUGAAUACGGUGUGCUAACAAUGAGAGUCAUGGAGACGUAUAUGGGCCAAGGAAGUAAAGGUUGGGACAUUGGAAUAAAAAAGGGAGAGAAGAAGCACAUCGAUACAUUAAGGGUGAGGUAUUCUGCCACAAUACUUUCAGCGGACUACAACGAGAUGAAGAACAAAAAUGUGCAAGAGAUUAAGAAGGAUGCAAAAGUGAAGAAGCAAGACAAAGGAAAAAUAAAGAAGUGAACUGAGUUGUUUGUCAAACAUUACUACAUUUGUUUGUGGAAUUUCUUGUUUUUGUAUAAUUGGGUUUUGGUUGUGAUGUUUGAUUUGAAGGUUAAAACGUUUUUAGACAAAGUCUUUUUUGCAUGGUUUUGAUGACUGAUAUAUUGGUUAUUGAAUUUUUGUGUGUUAAUUUAGUUCAGAGGUUAAUUUAGUUCUGGUGUGAAAAAGAAUGAGCUCUGGUGUGCAAAAGAAUGA